AUGUCAGGGGCGCACAACGGCGUAGACCGCAAGGACCGUAUUCCCUCCCCGAGCGAAGCCUCAUCAUCUCACUCUCGUGGGAACGUUGUCGACCACCAAGCUCCGAACGUGACCGAUGAUCAACCAGCAGGACCGAGACGGCCUGGCGACGCUAAGACUCAUUUGAUCAAUGUCCAGCCUCUCAAGCGCUCGGAGAUGCAGCCUUCGUACGCCCAAGACUUAGGAACAGGAGAGGUUACCCACGGCAUUUAUGGUUCUCUCCUCCAGGGUUUGGGCUCCCUGGUAGGUUUCUGCGGUGCAUUCCCGUGCUGCCCAUGCCCGAAUCCCUUCCGCAACGUUCAGCAAGGGUCGGUGGGACUGGUGUCUCGCUUCGGACAGUUCUACAAGUCCGUGGACCCGGGUCUCGUCCAAGUCAACGUUUGCACAGAGUCGCUCCGUAUCGUGGAUGUCAAGAUUCAGAUCAGCCCCAUUGGCAGACAGACAGUGAUAACUCGUGAUAACGUCAAUGUCGAAAUCGACUCUGUCAUCUACUUCCAAAUAUGCAACCCCUACCGCGCCGCAUUCGGGAUUACUGACUUGCGCCAAGCACUUAUCGAACGUGCGCAAACAACCCUGCGUCAUGUCGUCGGCGCGCGGGCGGUGCAGAGUGUAGUCACUGAACGCGAGGCUAUUGCUUUUGAGAUUGCCGAAAUCGUUGGAGAUGUUGCCGACAAAUGGGGUGUUGCUAUCGAGGGUAUUCUCAUCAAGGACAUAAUAUUCUCUGCUGAGGUCUCCGCCUCCCUUUCAUCUGCGGCUCAGCAAAAGAGGAUCGGAGAAAGUAAAGUCAUCGCUGCCCGCGCAGAGGUUGACGCAGCUAGGUUGAUGAGACAAGCCGCUGAUAUCCUUGCUUCACCUGCUGCCAUGCAAAUUCGUCAACUCGAAGCUCUACAACAAAUGGCUAAAUCCUCCAGCAGCAAAGUUAUCUUUGUGCCUAUGCAACUUCAGAGCGACGUUGUUGGUCAACUAGCCAAUCAUCCCGAAGCUGGCUCGUCUUCUAUAGUAGCCCACGAAUCGGGCGAAGGUCUUGGAGCCGUAGGGCGCGCUGGUCUUUUGAGCAGCGUCGCAGAUGUAUGA